AUGAAUUUAAAUGGUCAAGAAUCAAAAAUUGCCAUCACGGAUUUAGGGCAAAAUGGACCUCCUUAUCAUACUCUAGGAACGGAUUUAUACGGAGUUAUGCCGUUUAUCGCUCCAGAAGUUUUGAGAGGUAACGCAUACACUCAAUCCUCCGAUAUUUAUAGUUUAGGAAUGAUCAUGUAUGAACUAAUUUCAGGAGUUCCUCCUUUUUCAAAUCGAGCACAUGAUCAAUCAUUAAUGCUUGACAUUUGUGAUGGGGUGAGACCUGAAAUUAAAAACAUCGAUAAAUUACCGGACGACUUUAUUAAAAUAUUAAGAAAAUGUUGGGAUCCUAAUCCAUUUAAUCGUCCUUCAGCGUAUGAAUUAUUUUUGUUUGAUAAUUACGGUGAACUAGAUGAAAAAUUGUUCGAAUCCGGAUACGAAAUACAUUCUGGUGCUGUUUAUACAAGUCGUGAUCUUAGCGUAUAUGCUCAAUAUUUAUCACAAGACGAAGGAGUAGAAAUCGAAUGGAGUAAAGGUAAAAAAUUAGAGGUGUACGAAAGGUAA